AUGGCAAGUACCGACAUGGAUCUCGAAAAUGUUAGACAAGAUUAUCGAGCGUCACUUCAAGAAUUGACAUUCAACUCAAAACCCAUAAUAAAUAACUUGACUAUUCUUGCACAAGAAAAUAUAAAUGCGGCGAGGGCUAUCGUCCAAGCCAUCGAAGACCAAAUUCGUACAGUAUCUCCUACCCAAAAGUUACCAGUACUUUACCUCCUAGAUUCAAUUAGUAAAAAUGUUGGAGGAACAUAUAUCCAACUUUUUGCAAGAAACCUUUGUCAUACGUUCAUGGAAAUAUAUAAUGUUGUGGAUCAACCUACGAAACAAAAAUUAGAACGGGUAUUGGCAACUUGGAUAAUUGGACCUAAUGGGGCACCAGUAUAUUCUGCCGAAGUUACAGGGCAGAUUGAGAGAGCAUUAAUGAAACAACAAAUGCGAUAUCAAUCACGAGGAUCUAUAGAUGGUGGUAGAUCUCAUAUUCAUAUUAAUCCAAAUUUUUUGAGUGGUGCAAUUGGACAAAUUAAUCAAAUGAAUCAAAUUCCACCCGUUCAACAAAAUACUACAAAUCAAUGGGUCGAUAAUUCAAGAUAUAGUAACGGAAUUACAACAUAUUCUGAUACUCACAAUCGUCAAGGAUAUUAUAAUACUCAACAGUAUUCAAGUAAAACACCCGUUCCGCAGUUGUUACAACAACAAAGUCAAGUAUUCGUUCCACCCUCAGAUCAACAAAGAUUAUUACAGGAAUGUCGUCAAUUAAUUUUGCAACGUCAACAACUUGCAUUACAAAAUCCUGUAGUCCCUCUUGGUAAUAAUAAUACUUCAUCACAUAACAAUCUUUUAACUGAUCCUAAUUUAUUAGUUAAAAAUUUAAUGGAAUUUGGAUUAAUUGGUGGAUUUACUCCUACACCACCUCAAUUAAAUGGAACACCUAUAAAGAUAUUACAUGUAAAUGAUUUACCUAAAAUUCAAUUCACCAGUAAUGAAAUUCAACGUAAACGUGAAGGAGCAAUUUCAAUUCUUUAUGACGCAUUUCCUCUUCAAUGUAAGCAAUGUGGAUUUCGAUAUGCUAGAGAUGAAGGAGGUAAAGCGAAGAUGGAUUCUCAUUUAGAUUGGCAUUUUCGUCAAAAUCGUAGAAUGAAGGAAAGAGCCAAAAAGACACAAAGUCGAUGUUGGUUUGUUGGUGAAGAGGACUGGAUUCAUUCAAGAGAAGCUGAUACCAAAAAUACUCAAUCACCCGCAUUCUUUGAUUUCGAUAAUACCAAUUCUGUUAAAAAUAUGAAAAAUCAAAAAAAUCCAACCGGUUCGUCUCAAACCAAUAAGAAAGAUGAAGUUUCAAGCGAAUCAACUGUUAUUGCACCUUCGGAUCCUGAAAAAGUUGAUAAACCUUGUCCCAUUUGUAAAGAAAAAUUUGAAUCCUUUUGGAAUGAUACAGAUGAAGAAUGGUUAUAUAGAAAUGCUGUUAAAGUUGAAGGAAUUUUUUAUCACGCUACUUGUCACGCUGAUGCUCUCAAGAACCAACAACAUGUUAAAAGAUCAACUCAAACCAAAGGAUCUCCUAAAUCACCACUAAAAGGAUCUCCCAAAUCUCCCAAAAGUAAAAAUGCUCAAAUUAAGAGUUCUACUACUGAAAAUGGAGUUCUCGGUAAACGAAAGGCGGAGACUCCACCUAAUGAUCGAAUUGAAAUGUCAAAACGUCAGGCUCUGGUUUCAUGA